GUUCAACUUAAAUGUUUUAUAAUCUCAAUGUGGGUUUUCCUUAGUUAAUUUUAAUACAUUCAUUCGUUUGUACGCAAUUUUAUUAAGCUUAAUUGAUUCGUUACGUUUAUAAAUGUACUUUAACGAUUUGGUUUAAUGAAUAAAAAAUUCCACAGCCUGUAAGAGUGCAUUUAUCUGUACAGGAAAAAACGUACUUUACCUAAUCAUAUAUUUGUAUUGCUUUUAUCAGUAUUUACUUAUUGUUAUCUUGGAGAAAUAGGUUAUUUACACGAAUAUUGAUACCAACUCCGCCACAUCAAGAUGCCUCAAAGAAAUUAUCUGACUGCUAUAGAGACAUUGAACCGGUACCAAACGGCCAGACCCGGCCAUGGUAGCUUACAGCCCAAAUAUAAUAAAUUAGAAGCUAUGGCGAAAUAUCUGAACAGGUGUGGAAUAUCUCUGGAAAAACUGGACGAUCUUUCUGUUAUUCAUGUAACAGGCACGCACGGUAAAGGCAGUACAUGUUUCUAUUGCGAGAGCGUGCUUCUUAGUCACGGUUACAACACUGGAUUUUAUUCGUCGCCGCAUCUUUUGGAGGUUAGAGAACGGAUUAGAAUCGGUGGUAAACCGCUCUCGAAAAGUGCAUUUUCUGAGCAUUUCUGGACUGUCUACGACAUGCUGGAUGGACAGAAGGAAGAUGAAAACGACAUGCCGUUGUACUUCCCAUUCCUGACGAUUCUUGCGUUUCACAUAUUUUUGAAGAGCAAAAUCGACGUGGCGAUAGUGGAAGUGGGGAUCGGCGGGGAGUACGAUAGCACGAACGUCAUAAGGACGCCGAUAGCGGUCGGUAUCGCUCCGAUAUCCAUCGACCAUACUGCUAUAUUAGGGGCGACGGAAGAGUCCAUCGCUUGGCACAAGGGGGGUAUCAUGAAACCUGGCGGUGUCGCUUUCAGCGUUAUCCAGAGUGAAGGCAUUUUAAACGUUCUUGAGGAACGCAGCAAAGAACGAGGCUGUCCCUUGAAAAUAUUGAGGAAAUGUUUGUGUACGGCAGACGUUGGAUCCAGAAUACCUGUGCAUGUCAAAGAGACGGUUGCGACGCUGGCCAUAGCUUUGAGCGAGGCUAUCGUGAAGAAAAGAUGUGACAAAGAUCCAAAUGAAUCGAGACACUUCUCGUUGGAAAUGGCGAUCAGAUCUAUUGAAAACGCCUGUUGGCCUGGCCGAUACGACAUUAGAGAAAUAGGCAACGUCCGGUUCUUUUUAGACGGGGCCCACACCCAAAUCAGUAUUAAAACCACAGCAGAGUGGUUUUCGGGAGAAACAAAGGAUUCUCCUCACCCGAAAGUCCUGGUGUUUAACCUGACCGGCAAGAGAGACUCCGAGGUUUUCCUCGCAGAAUUGUUGAUAUGCGAAUUUGACGUAGCGAUUUUUAUACCAAACGUCGGAUGUGAAAAGGACACGGCAGAUACAGCCAACUUUAAACUAACCACCGAAACACAGCUCACCCUCUGCGUGGAAUACAGCGAGAAGUGGUUGGGAUUGCAAAGACGAUACGGGAAAAAACCCAGCGUGGUUAAAGUUUUCCCGUCGUUUGCCAAAGUCUUGCAGUUCUUGGGGAAAACGGACCGGUGUGACGUUUUGGUUACUGGAUCUUUGUAUCUGGUCGGCGCUGCCCUUAGCGUGCUAGACCCUUCGCUCAAGGGUUCUCUGACCGAUGAAUAAUGUCGAGAGUGUUAAUGUUUAUACGGGGUGUCCUAAUAUUCCGUGUACAUCGAAUUAUCACAUUUCUUCUGGGCUAACCAUUGCGAUUAGAAUGAGAAGUAGCAGUAUUAUUGUUAAUAAAAAAAUUGCAGAAAAUGAUAAUUUCCAAUUAAUUAUGCAAAGCCCAUUAGAAAUACAAAAUAAAACACGAAAGAAAAACUUUUUUUACGCAAUUUUAACACCCUCUGUAUAAUAUUGGACACCCAGUACGACCAAAGAAAUUAAUUAUCAAAACUGACAGUAUUUUUAAAAAGUUUUAUCGAUUAUCGAAAUAGUCUACACUGCAUCGACUUUAGUAUUAUGUUAAGUACCUAAACGCAUUCUUAAUUUGUAAUUUUUCAAUCAUGUUGAUGUAAUUUGAUCAAGUACUAAAAUGUGAUAAAUAUUUUUGUAUAUUUAUAUCCCAUGUAUCAUAAAAUAUAUCUUUAUACAGUA